AUGCUUAAAAGUUUACUGCGAGAGCACAUUGUGAUUGAAUCGUACGGUAUUCAAUCGUACGGAUCGUACGGUAUUCAAAUACGGCCGGUAAUCCGGUUGGAAGUUUUCUGGAUGCAACAGAUUGGAACUAAUUCGGUCGAUUGGCCAUCUUUUGCUGUGACAAAUUAUUUCAUUAUCAUUCAUCCUUCGUAUCUUCACAUAUCAAUGAUCGAAGACAAAUAUUUACUACACAAUUCCGACACACAGUUGUCAUAUUAUCAAAGAUAUCGAGGGAAAGAUGAACCAGAAUGGACCAAAAUAGACAUAGCGAGGGGAAGAUUGACCGAAACAGACAUACCGAAGGACAGAGGACAGAUUGACCGGAAGAAUCAACGACUGCUUUCUGUUCAACGACGACGAAUGACGACGUAA